GGUAAUCUUCAGCGGACCGUACAGUUACUGCCAGUUCAACGGCAACCCUCCCCCAGAAAGCAGUAAAUAUGCGGUUAGUGUCGUGGAAGUGAGGAGAAGCCCGAGUUCGGAGCCGGAGGAGAGGGGUUCUCCGUCCGGGGAGAGGAGCAUGAACACAGCGGAGCAGAGCGAGCUGCUUGCUGUGUGACCUCCUUGAGAGUGGAGCUGCCAGUCCCGCUGAACGGCUGGAAGCCUCCUUCUGCGGCAGCGCGACGAUGACAGAGUUGGUUGCCAAGUGGGCCUGUGAAUACUGCACAUACGAGAACUGGCCGUCAGCCAUCAAGUGCACCAUGUGCCGAGCUCAGAGGCCCAGCGGGGGUGCCAUCAUUACUGAGGAGCCCUUUAAGAGCAGCCCGGCCCUAGAUGCUAGCCUGCAUCAGUGGGACCCUGCAGACCUCAGCAACAGUCCAUCUCAGGGGGGAUCCAGCCUGCUUAUUUGUCCAGACUCCAGUGCGAGACCCCGCGUUCGCAUUGCUGAUGUUCCAGAGACGAGCAGCAAGUGGUCAUGUCAUAUGUGCACCUACCUGAACUGGCCUCGAGCCAUCCGCUGCACCCAGUGCUUGUGUCAGAGGCAGCAGGCUCAACAACAACAACAUGGGCACCAUGCAUCUCAUCAAGGGCAUCAUGCUCGGCAGCCACGGAGCCCCACGGAAACACCACAGACCUCAGGCUCCGGGUGCCGCCCCACUACACCGAUCGUCACCACAGACCCAUGUGAGGAAUAUAAUGACCGCAACAGGCUCAACACCCACACACAGCACUGGACCUGCACUGCAUGCACUUAUGAAAACUGGGCCAAGGCACUCAAAUGUGUUGUGUGCGACCAUCCUAGGCCCAACAGUCUCCUCGCCGAACCCAUCGAACUGGCGUCAGAGCCGGAGAGCCACCAGCCCUGCUCCAAGCUUAACGAGCAGGACAGGGACAACAGGAGGGGUGUUGUUGGGCAGGGAACAGGGUGUGUGGUAGGGGGAGUGGUGGGCUGCAGCAGCAGCCAGAGGAGGUCGCCUCCAUCAGAGAAACGGGAGUCUGAAGUAAACAUGGACUUUCAGAGGAUUGAACUGGCGUCAGGAGCUGGGAUUGGCAGCAAAGAGGAGCUUGAAGUGGAUUUCAAAAAACUGAAGCAGAUUAAGAACAGGAUGAGGAGGACGGAUUGGCUAUUCCUCAACGCGUGUGUUGGUGUUGUAGAAGGAGACCUGGCAGCUGUGGAGGCUUAUAAGACAUCCGGAGGAGACAUAGCAAGGCAGCUGACGUCAGACGAAGUGCGACUGUUAAACCGACCCUCAGCUUUUGAUGACGGCUUCACACUGGUCCACCUGGCCAUCCGCUUCCAGAGACAGGACAUGCUGGCUGUGCUGCUUACGGAGGUGUCCCAGCAGGCAGCCAAGUGCAUCCCAGCCAUGGUGUGUCCUGAGCUGACCGAGCAGAUUCGUCGUGAGGUGGCGGCCUCUCUUCACCAGCGUAAGGGUGACUUCACCUGCUACUUCCUCACUGACCUGGUCACCUUUACCCUACCUGCAGAUAUAGAGGACUUGCCUCCUGCUGUUCAGGAGAAGCUCUUUGAUGAGGUGCUGGACCGAGACGUCCAAAAGGAGCUUGAAGAAGAGUCUCCAAUCAUCAACUGGUCUAUAGAGCUUGGAUCAAGAUUGGACAGUCGACUCUAUGCCCUUUGGAACCGGACGGCCGGGGACUGCCUGCUCGACUCGGUGCUGCAGGCCACAUGGGGCAUCUACGACAAGGACUCCGUUCUCCGCAAGACUCUUCACGACAGCUUACAUGACUGCUCACAUUGGUUUUACAGCCGCUGGAAGGAGUGGGAGUCGUGGUAUUCCCAGAGUUUCGGCCUGCACUUCUCCCUCCGAGAGGAGCAGUGGCAGGAGGACUGGGCUUUCAUCCUGUCCCUCGCCAGCCAGCCAGGAUCCAGCUUGGAGCAGACACAUAUUUUUGUUCUUGCACACAUACUUCGAAGGCCCAUCAUCGUUUACGGAGUAAAGUAUUACAAAAGUUUCCGCGGCGAAACGCUCGGAUACACUCGCUUUCAAGGUGUGUACUUGCCUCUUUUGUGGGAGCAGAGUUUCUGCUGGAAGAGCCCCAUCGCUCUGGGCUACACGCGAGGCCACUUCUCAGCACUGGUAGCCAUGGAGAACGACGGGUUCGACAAUCGCGGCGCAGGCGCCAACCUCAACACGGACGAUGAUGAGACGGUCACGUUCUUGCCGCUGGUCGACAGCGAGAGGAAGCUGCUUCACAUCCACUUCCUCUCGGCACAGGAAAUGGGAAACGAAGAGCAACAGGAGAAACUCCUCAGAGAGUGGUUGGACUGCUGCGUGACGGAGGGCGGCAUUCUGGUGGCGCUGCAGAAAAGCUCCCGCCGCCGCAACCAUCCGCUCGUCACUCAGAUGGUGGAGAAGUGGCUGGACGGCUACAGGCAGAUCCGACCCUGCGCCUCUUUGUCUGACGGAGAAGAAGAGGACGACGACGAUGACGAGUGACUAAACUGAAGCGGAGAGAGCGGGUCUGCAGGAGGCAGGACUCCUCCCCCAUUUCUUCAUGUUGGUUUUUUUUUUUUUUUUUUACACUUUUUCCGGUUGUUUUAUUUUUCUUAUCCUUUCUUGACACGGACAAACUGUGAAAGCCUCCAGCAGAGGACAGGGAACCACAACUACAGAAGACACUGCUGCUCUUCUGCUACAAACAGCCAGUCGGUCAUGUUCUUACAAAAAACUCUUUCAUAAAACCAACUCCUGACUGACGACGACGGGGGAGAAGAAGAGAGGAAUCCAGAAAACCCUUCGAUUUUUUUUCCUGCUUCAAAUAUAAAUAAAAAAAAAAAAAACAAACCUAAUGUUUAUCCAUCGAUCCAAAUGCAUGUGGUUGUUGAUAAAAGUUAAAGGAAAUAUACCAGCAUUUAUUUAAGAUAACACUUUAUAAUUAUUCAGCGUGGGGCACUGACAAAAGCACACUUCCAACCUGAUCUUUUUGACGUGUUUUCCAGUUGUACAGUUUGGCUCGUUAGGCAUUUUUUUUCUGUGUGUUUUUUGUGUUUGAACAGACGAGGACAAAGCCAAUAAAUAUAAUCUUCAGAAAACCAGAGAUUAUAAUAAACAACCUACUAUAUCCUUAUUAUAAGCAAUGCACCUUUAUGGACACAUUUCUAAUCAAAAUGCAGCAUCACUGCUUGAAAUAAGAUCCUUUGAAGGGAGGUUCGCCCUCUAAGGUUUAGCGCAUUAACACGUUUAGAUAUUCGGUUUACUUUAUACAGACUGAUUGAACUGAGAAGUUGUGCGUGUGCUUGAAUUUAUUCAACAUAUUUAUUGUUUGGAAACUUCUUUGAGCUAAUAAGAGCUUUAUGUAUAUUUUUCUCGGAUUGUUUUUUUUUUCUUUGUGUGGAUUUUGUUAAUUAUGCUCUCAAUCUCGAUGAAGACACUUUUGCACAGAAACACUGUUGCUGUAAAGGAGAGAACCAAUCUUGACAGUGAGAAGUUUACUUAAACAUGUUGCAUGGGAUUUAGUACCUCAUCUGAAUGCCUAAAAUCUGGUGCUUUUUGUUGUUUGUUUGUUUUUCUGACAGAUGAGGCGAUUUAGUGUUAAAGCUCACAUUUGUCUCCUGUUCCCUUCAGUUAUUGGUUGCCAGCUCACAUGUGUCAGUUAAAGUCCGUUGUCCAUCAUUUCCAUACAGUUUGUUGUGAGAAAUGGCAACAUCUACAACCAAAGCCGAAAAAAUAAAUAACUGGGGAAAAAAGAUAAUACCUUACCGUUUGCGUUAUUUUUCUCCCCCUCUAACCAUUGCGUACUGUAACCUCCUCCGUGUUUCAUGUCAUUCAUGUUUUUUGGACAUCACCUAUGUGUUUGCUUUGUAUUUAUACAAUAGUUGAAAUUGUAACUAUGAUGGUUUGUGGAUUUAGGCCUGACUUCACUAAGCGGAGUGUAAUGCAAGGUAAAGGAAAAAUAUGGAGGAAAAAAACAAAUAAAACCCUUUUGAAU